AGUGACAUUUGCCAAUGUCACGACGCAGAGCAUAGAUUAUCGAGGAGCUAACGCAUACUGUUAUACGAAACACGUAUUUUUGUUUACCAUUUCUGCAAUGCAACUAAAUGUGCUAAUUCAGUGAAAUCAUAUCCAAUGGCGAUUUUACGACACCAGCUUUGUAAGAACAUCAAACGAAGUUUUAGCUGCAUGAAGAAAAAUGCCAGGAUUUGGCUAAUGUUCAACUACACAAGUGUUAAGUCUAAAAAUGUCUGCAUUAUCGGAAGUGAACUUGAAACAGGGACUAAGAAAGUUGGAAUAUCCUUUAUGUGCCAAAGAAGCUCUGAAUAAGAUUGUGGAACUAAUAUGCGGCCGUAUUACAAGUAUAAAAAACAUGGACCUAGCAUUAGAUUUAAUGGCAGAAUUUAUAUUUUGCGAGGUAGAUAGAAGGGGUCAUAAGAAGCAACAGUCCUUGUCACCACUUCUAGAACUGCAGCUGAUUGAGAUUUCCCAUAAUUUUUUCAAUAGUAUACAGAGUGAAACUGCCAGAAAUACAGUGUUUCUAUCCUUAUUUAGUGGCACAACAGUCACAGUACGCUUGGGGAUACUAAGUAGAUUGGUAUCUGUAGCAGUAGGAAUCCCUUCAUCUACAAUACUCACGGCCACAAGUGUAUGGAUGCAGCAGUUAGGAAAUGCUUCACCAAACAGUUGCAAAUUAAGUGAAGCUCUUAUACAAGAUUAUUUUUUUUAUUACCAAAAUUCAACAGAAAGGCUAAAAUCUCUGCCUUCGGUGUGUCCACAAUUUGUAGCAAAUUUUUUGACUGCAGUUUCUGAAAUCUACUUCAGUACCAGUAAGAAAGAGCUGCAGUUUCCUCCAAAAAUUCUUCUAGAAACAAUAACUUCCUGGAUAGUUGGAAAUAGCAACCUAUGUAUAGCAGCCCAACUUAAGCAAGCUAUAUUGCCACCAGGUGCUAUUGCAAUGGAGGCAAUAACUCCCAUAGCUGGCCUUUUAAAAUGGUGCAUUUUGGCGCCAAUUUUUAAACAAAAUGAUGAAAUAUAUGCACAACUACACUUGGCCUUGCUCAACAGUGCUGUUGAUGGUCCUGGCAAAACUUCAUCUAAAGUGAGUAUGGAUAGUAUUUUUUCAUUCUUUCGAGGUUCCAUCAAAUUACAGAAAGGCACAUUUUUGCCAUCAAAAGCAACAUUUCAGCCACACAACUUCAAUUCAAUCUUGAGUUGCAUCAUUUUUGCAUUCUCAUUAUUGAUUGCUAAUUACAAACCUUGAAUGAAAGAAAAGCAUGAAUGCAUCUAUUCUACCUGAAAAUAGCCAUCUAUAUAUUCCAGCCCCCAAAAAGAGAUCUAAUAGAUCCAAGCGCCAUCUAAGAUCUAAGAGACAGUAGCUGAAAAAAAUGUAGAGAUCUACCUAGGAAAGAGUUGAAAGUGUUUGGUUCUACUAUAUUUCAUAGAUGGUGCUAGAAUCAUUCAGAUCCCUUUCUGGGCGCCUGAAUACACUAUAUGGUUGGCUACAUUCAGGUAGAGUAUACUAGUCAAUGUUAUAAGUAAUGUAAACACAAAUGAGAUCUAGGCAGAUCAAUCAAUCAACAUUUGUGGUACUUUUUAUUUACCAGAUACGCACGUGAUUUUGACAAAUUCUGCAAUGCUGUUUCUCCUUUCCACAAUAAUUAGAAAUUUACUUUGAAAAGGUUAGUAUCUCAUAGUUGGCGCUGUGGUUAUGUGCUCACAUACAGUUGGCUUCAGCACUAUCUAUGAGAUACUAACCUUUUCAAAGUGCACUUCUAAUUAUUGCUGUGACAAAUUCUCAGAGAUAACAGAUAAUUUUUCCGACGCGCAAAUAUAGAAUUAGGUUGGUUCUCUUCAGGUGGAAUAUGUUAAUCAAUGCCAAUAUAUAACAAAUAUAACGAGCUAUGAACCACCUGCGAAAAGUAACGCGAACACAUUUCUUUGAGUCUGGUGAUCAGUUAUACACUAUUAACUUGCGUAUCACACUUCUUGUAUCAACAGUAGCUCUCUUGGAAGAUUUUUAUCACAGUAGCUCGAACUAUCCCUUCAAGAAACAUAAAAACUCGAUGGAGAAGUACUUUUUUCGGAUUAUCAAUAAUUUUUUGAGGAUGCGAUCGGCACGUUAGCUGAAGUGUCACAAUGUCAUCCACAGAUGACAAUGUUACUCCUCAAACGUAUCCAGCGACUUUAAUGUUGACAGGACUCUAUUGGAAUUAUACUUGAAAAAGGCCUCCAUGGUGGCAGAGACAUCAUACAGGUGUCAUACAGUAAGUAAUUAAAACGUAUGUGGUUUGAUUUAACGGCAGACAAUGAAGUCCUACCACAAACGUCAUCCUUCAUCAACUGAUGGGCAACUCCAAAGGUUUGUUCAUAUUCAUAUAGUGGUUGGUGACUGUAUCCGAGUGAAUCCUGCUUACAUAGCGUAGCAGAAUGAAAAUUCGUGUGAGGGAUUUUGGACGCGGUCACUGAUAGGUCGGCACAUUUUGAUCACCAAAUAAAAUAAACAAACGAUGAACCAUGAGAAUGACAAGUGACAACUGUUAUUCCCAAGGUUUUGAGCUCGGGAAGAAAAGCACAUUUUUCACGUUCCAGAAGGAUUACUUUGUUCUAUUUCCGAGCGCAUGUAACAGGUACGUCAAACAAUUACGAACGUUAAAUUUGUUACAGAGUAGUACAAAGUACACUCUUGGACAAUUUACGAACGCACCCCUGUUCAAGCAUGACUCAAAUCGACUAACGACGGUAGUUCCAGAACCAUUAAGCGAAUGUUCGGGUUUUCAUCGCUUUGACGUAUAGAUGUGCUGAAUCGAGUUGAGAUCCUCAGUUGCUUUCGAUAAAAACGGUCUAUUACAGAAUGACACUAUUUUUUGAAACAUAUUUCUCAAAAAAACAUAUUUUUUAGGUUGUUUAUGUAUAUGCACCACACCUUUCAUCUGCAAUCAAUUAUCCUAUUCUGGGUUAUGUGCAAGAACUGAAAAAUAGACACGAUCUAAAAUUGGACAAGAUUCUCAAUGAGAAUGCCUUACAACUGUCCUUAGACAGGUAUGCUCAAGCUAUACAAGUUCUGACAUCAUCUAAUGCAGUACAUGGACAUAUUGAUGAUUUGUUCUAUCAGUUGAAGAUGUUGCCUUUCAACAAAUUAAUGAAGAUUGUGAUUGAUAACUACAAACAGAGUAAAGUGAUUGUUCUAUAUUUGGUUGUUUUAUUUCACAAACAUAACAAUGUUAUUUUGUUCCGACUGAUCAAUGUGCCUGCCAGGCAGAUACGAG